CCCCCCCCCCCAGAGUCCACGUUCCUCUACAACAUGAACAUCAGCGAGUGCCUGGCGUCCUUUGCGAGGCAGGAGCCGAGCAUCAUCCUGCUCCAUUACAACCACACGGGGAAACUGGAGAACAGGCGAGCGCCCGGCGAGGGCAUGGGACUCAUCAGGAUCAUCUUCAUCGUGGUCAGUUGCGUGGUGGUGGUGGAGAACCUGCUGGUCUUCAUCGCCAUCCUGCACAACAGACGCUUCAGGAGCUGGGUGUACUACUGCAUCGCCAACAUCACCCUGUGCGACCUGUUGACCGGCACUGCUUACAUCGUCAACCUGUGCCUGUCGGGGGAGCAGACCUUCCACAUCUCGCCCACCAUCUGGUUCCUCAGGGAAGGGGUCCUGUUCUUUGCCCUGGCCGCCUCCACCUUCAGCCUGCUCAUCACGGCCAUGGAGAGAUACGCCACCAUGGUCAACCCAUUCCCCUACGCGUCGGCCAACAAAACCUACCGGGUGUACUGCCUGAUUGGGCUGUGCUGGCUGCUGGCUUCCCUGAUCGGGCUUCUCCCACUCCUCGGCUGGAACUGCAUCUGUAACUUGGAGGAGUGCUCCACCCUUCUCCCCCUGUACUCCAAGAGCUACAUCCUCUUCUGCGUGGUGAUGUUCAGCAUCAUCAUCAUUGGGAUCGUGGCGCUGUACAGCGGCAUCUACCACUUGGUCAAGACCAGCGCCAAGUCGGCGUCGAGCAGCAAGAGCCGCCUGAAGUCGGUCCGGCUGCUCAAGACUGUCUUCAUGAUCGUGGCCGCCUUCGUGGUGUGCUGGAGCCCCCUGUUCGUGCUGCUGCUCCUGGAUGUCUACUGCAACUCGUCGGUCUGCGUCAGGCUGCACGCCAUGGAGUGGACCAUCACCCUGGCCGUGGUCAACUCGGCCAUCAACCCCGUCAUCUACUCCUUCGGCAGCGAGGACGUGCGCAAGGCCAUCCUCAAGAUCCUGUGCUUCUGCUUCAUCAAAGCCGGAGCCCCCGUGCCCUUCCUGACCCGCAGCGAGUCCGUCCUCAGCGGCUCCACCGACAGCUCCUACAGGAUGAGGGAGAGCUUCCGAAACUCAAAGCUGCUGAGUCCCAAGAAGACCUUGCCCAAGUCAGAAGGGAUCUGAGUUCUCAACGCUGGAAGAUGCCCAGGAAUUCCGCCCUCUCCAGUCUCAUCUCAAUGGCAGCGAAACUCGGUUGGAGGAACCCCCGAGCCUAUCGCAAUUAGCCGUGUCUCAGGCACACCAAGUGCCGGAGUCAAUCAGUGGGUCAGGCAGCAUCUCUGGAGGACAUGGAUAGGGGGUGUUUUUGGCUCGUGACCCUUCUUCAGACUGAUCAUAGUGGGAACCGCACUUACUAUACUGGGCCAGUAGCCUAGAAAUCAACGGUAUAAACAUUGAAUUCUCCAAUUUCAGCUAAACUAACCAACAACCUCCUUCCGUCAUCUCUGUACCACAUCAGGAUGUGCACCCAUUUCUCCCACUCUCCUGCCU